AGUAUAUAUAAAUAAUGGCGGAGAGAAGUAGAAAGUGUGAAUGCACCUGUUAAUGGUGUUAGUGUUUAUCUUUUUGUAUACAGCUAUUCAGUUUUCUCAAAUCCAAACAAAGCCUUAGCGUUACACGCAGUCACUCUUUUACUUGUGAUGAGUUUUACAACAUUAAGGUAAAUUUAUACCGCUUAAAAAUGACCUUAUCUUUAGAUCCUCUUUGUUUUUAACCGUAACGGUGCCCUAAAAAACCCUAAAAUGAUUCGGUGAUAUGCAUUUUCAAGAAGCAUACAAGUGGAUAUUAUGUGUCCAGACUACAGAUCAUUCAGACGAUGAGAUUUAUUUUGUAGCGAGGCUCGGUGCUGGUCUUUCAUUCAUAGGCGGAGAACUUUAGGAUUGUUGUAAAGUAAUAAUUCAGCAAAGAUGCUGUUUGAUAAAGACGUUGAAGGUCUGCGUGAUGAUGGAUUUGAUGGUUCAGUGAAUGAGACUCAGAUAUUUUCAGAUGUGUUCUUCGGAAAUGAGAGCAGCACCAAAAGGUGUCUUGUGACCGGAGUGUUCAAUUUUGAGGGCGACCUUACUAGCCAGACAGAUGAACCUGGACAUUUCUGUGGUGAAAAUUCUGGUUUGACACUACAUCAUGAUUCUCAUGACAUAAAGGAGGAUUCUAGAGAAGACCAUUGUGGCAAAGAGCUAAUCAAUAGUCAUGUGGAAAAGGAAUCUGAGCCAUUAGCUUCUUUGGAUAGAGCACCUGCAGAUAUAUCUCAGCAACCCUCUUCCUGCCCUUCUCUGAGUGUGAUAUGUCAUAUAGUUGAAUCUUCGAACCAAGGUGUUAAAUCAAGUUCUUAUUUGCAGAAGCGGCACACUGUGCUGGACAAAAGUCACGUGCUUGGUGAAAUGGAUUCAUCAAAAUUAAGAUUGUCUAAAGUGGAAGGAAAUGGAUGGAAGGAUGUAGUUGGUAAAGCAAUUGCAUCACCUGCUUCUCAGGAGAGCUAUGCAACCAAGUUUUUGGUUGGCAGUGCUGCAAAGUCGUCAGGAAUUCUCCGACCAGCCAAGCCAAAGUGGAGGGACCAUUGCUUUGUAGAACUGGAUGAGGCUGAAUUGUCAACGAUUAAGGAUUCUCCAAAUGACCCGCGCCCUCUUCUCCGGUACCAUAUCCAUCGUUUGCUGAGAGCAGCAGGAUGGGUAAUUGGGAGGCGUAAAAGAAAUAAUAAAUUUCAUGGAAUUGGUGAGUAUGUUUACAAGUCACCUGAAGGAAGACCAAUCCGUGAAUUCUGGAGAGCCUGGACCUUGUGUGGACAGAGUUUGUUUACCUAUGCAGAUGGUAUUUUUCCAGAAAAGGAUUGUAGGUUAUGGUCUGAUAUGACACAGUUUUUGAGUGACCUCUCAGGUACAGUGAUGGAGAUUGAAGAAAAACUGGAUACCUUGGAAACAGCUUCUGCAUUGGCUCGGCUUUGGAGUCUCCUUGAUCCAUUUGCAACUGUCGUGUUCAUUGACAAGGCAUUACGCUUUCUCAAAGAGGGAAAAACAAUUAAAGCCAAAAUGACUUUGGCCACUGCUCCUGUUAAAAAUAACAGGUUAAAGAAUGUAGACGCCACAGGAAACCUGUUUGCUGAGAGGACUUUGCAGAACCAGCCUUGCAGCUCUUCUGUUGUCUCAGAUAGUGCAUUGACAAGUCUUGAGACUGAUAAAUGGAUCCACAAGGAGUAUGGUGAUGAAAGUUCUCUCAACUUAACAGAGUCACAGAUGGGUGAAGGCAAAUAUCUGAAUGGCGCAUCUUAUUAUUAUCCUAAUGAAAGAUCCAUGUGCUUAAGGGAUACUGUCAGUGGGGGUGCUAAUAAAUACAGGAAACUCUUGGAAAAUGGUAAAGAUGUACCGGAUUUAGCUCCUUUACCAGCUUGUGGAUCUGAAAGCACCAGUGAGCAUGUUGGAUCUUGUUUGUUUGAAGUUCCUAUUAGUUCAGGAAAUGCACUAGCCUUGAUUGGGGGAUCAGAUAUUGUUCUUACUCAGCAAGAUAGCAAUAAAAGCUUCUCAAGCAGUGAUGUAAAGAGUUCUGAUCAUGUUGAUGAUUUGUAUUCCAGAAAUGUAUCAGCGAGUGGUCUUGACGUCCGAAAAGUUCCCAGUUUGGUGGGAUCCAUGUUGAAGGAGCCUUUGAUUUUUGAUUCAAACCAUAGAAACAGUGAAACAGCGGAUACCAAGCGAAAUUCAGUCUUGAAAAGGAAGGCUCCGAAGAAAUCAAAAAAGUUAUCAGAAAUGGAAUUUACUAAUGGUUACCAAGAUGACAAGUUUGAUCCAUCUUAUAAUGAGAGUGGAUUUCAUGAAGGUAGUGGAUCUGGCAUACAAAUACAUUCAAAACCUAAGGGAUAUUUAGUAGACUACCUGGGGAGAGCUAGAGGUCAUCAAGGGAUGUCCUUCCGUUGUUCAGAGUCUCAGGAAAAUACUGAACAGAGCAAUUUCAAGAGGUUUAGGCAGACUUCUAAGCAAUUUAGUCAGUUUAAUGUGAGUAUGAAGGGGUUCAACUCUGGGAAUAUUGAUGAUGAUAACCCUUUCGAAGGAAAUAUUGAAUGUAAAGCAAUUACAAGUAAGCGCAAAAUUGGGUCAAAGAAACGUAAGGCAUGUCGUAUUAGUGACGAUGAUCUCUUAAUUUCAGCUGUAUUUAGAAAUAAGACAUGCAGAUCUGGCAACAAGAGGUCCUCUGGUAAAAUCAAACCUCUAAGGAAAAGGAAGAGCAAGAAAAGUGGUUGCAAGUUGCUUUUGCGUAGCCUCAACAAGGGUGGAAAGCACUUCACCGAAGCAAAAUGGCCUACCUUUGCCUCAAGGACUGUGUUAUCCUGGUUAAUUCAUUCUGGGGUUGUUUCUCUAAACGAUAUGAUCCAGUACCGGAACUUGAAGGAUGAUUCUGUGGUAAAAACCGGUUUCAUUACCCGUGAUGGAAUAUUCUGUAAUUGCUGUGGCAAGGUGCUAUCCAUCUCUGAGUUCAAAAGUCAUGCUGGUUUUAAGCUCAAUCGUCCCUGUUUGAAUCUUUUCAUGGAGUCUGGUGAGCCAUUCACCUUAUGUCAGCUUGAGGCUUGGUCAGAUGAAUACAAGGCACGGAGAGCUGUUUCUCAAACUGCCCAAGCUGAGGAAAGGGACCAAAAUGAUGACAGUUGCGGGCGAUGUGGUGAUGGUGGCGAGUUGAUUUGUUGUGAUAAUUGUCCAGCUACUUUUCAUCUAGCUUGUUUGUUCACACAGGAGCUUCCUGAAGGGAGUUGGUAUUGCCCGCAGUGCACUUGCCCGAAAUGUGGGGAUGUGGUUAAAUAUAGUGAAGCAUUGAGUUCCUCUGGUGGAUUAAAAUGUUCACAGUGUGAACAUAAAUAUCAUGAAUCAUGCAGUAAACUAAGGAUUACCAAAAGUGGACAGGCCUCUGAUACGUGGUUCUGCAGCGAAAGCUGUCAGGAGGUUUAUGAAGGCCUUCACUCUCGCAUCGGGCUCAUUAAUCUUCUGACUGAUGGCUUUUCCUGGACUGUUCUGAGGUGCAUUCAUGGUGACCACAGAGUUCAUUCUGCUCAGCGGUUUAUUGCUUUGAAGGCAGAAUGCAACUCAAAGUUAGCAGUUGCCCUUACGAUUAUGGAGGAGUGCUUUCUUCCCAUGGUAGAUCCAAGAACUGGCAUAGAUAUGAUACCCCAUGUAAUAUACAGCUGGGGAUCACAAUUUGCACGAUUAAAUUAUCAUGGAUUCUACACUAUGAUCCUGGAGAAAGAUGACAUAUCAGUCGCUGUAGCAUCAGUAAGGAUCCAUGGGGUAACAGUUGCUGAGAUGCCUCUAAUUGCAACAUGCAGUAAAUACCGUCGCCAGGGAAUGUGCAGACGCCUACUGAAUUCUAUACUGGAGAUGCUGAAGUCUUUCAAGGUUGAGAAACUGGUAAUAUCAGCUAUCCCAGGUUUAGUGGAAACAUGGACUUCUGGCUUUGGCUUCGAACCGUUGGAAGAUUGCGAGAAACGAAGUCUAAGUCAUAUCAACCUCAUGGUGUUCCCCGGAACUGUAUGGUUGAAGAAGCCUUUGUUUCAAUCUGCUGAUGCUGAUCAGCCGAGUGCAGUUCCUCCAGGAGAACCAGUAUCCUGCCACAAACAUGGCCUCACCAUUAUUGAGCCCAUGCAACAUUGUGUGCCAUCUCAGGAUGCCAAUGCAGGAGUUGAUGUCAGACACCCACCUCAAUCUGAGAGUUUGCAAUUCAGUGAAGAUCAAGGUGAUAGUAAUCUUGCUGGUCAAUGUUCCAUGACUUCCGGCGAGGAAUCAGCUAUUAUGUUAACGGACAACAAGAAUUGUGAUAUAGAAACUGAUGAGCCUGGGCAAGGUUGUGAAGGAAAAACCAUUAAUCAAUGUCCAGAGCAUCAAACUGAAACCAGGCUGCCAGACUCAAAUGAUUUGCAAUUAGAGGAAGUCCAAGUUGUUGACUGUCUGCCUGGUGAUUGUUCAAAACUCUCAGAGGAAUUACCGGUUCUGACAUAUAGCAGCAAUGGGGAAGUAGGUUGUAGAGUAGAUAAUUUGCAGAUAAAUGUGGAAAGCCAUUUUUGUUUAGAUGUAUUGCAAGUGAAUGAGAAAUGACGUUGAUUAUUUAUAAUUUGUGAGCCUCCGGGCUGGUGGGACUUUUAUCAAAAGGAAAAUGAAAAUGAGGGCAGAAAUGAGGAAACUGAAAAAUAAAAAAGUUUACUGUGUUGGCAAAGAACAAA